GCCUACCGGUCAGGGCCGCCAUUUUGUUUGCAUACUGGUAAGUCCUGAUUAAGGUUAUUUUCAUUCGUUUAACAAUUUCAAAGUAUAAUUAAUCUUUUGCCUUUUCCUUUCUUUUGAUUGAGAGGCAUAAAUAAAAGGAAUAUUCUUGAAUGUUUUAAUUUCCGUAUUCGUGUUGAGUCUUCAUAUAUAUUAAGAAAAUUGUGUCACAAAAAUUUUGACAUGGAUGGACCAAACCGUGGUUUUCGCGGCGGUGGACGGGGUGGACCUCCUGGUGCAAGAGGUAGAGGAGGAUUUGAAAUGCGAGGACGUGGCGGACCUGGUAUGAGAGGUCGUGGUGGACCUCCACGAGGUGGGCCCCCACGGGGUGGUCCACGAGGGUUUCGAGGAGGACCUAUGAGAGGUGGGGGAGGUGAUAGGGGUGGCCGAAGUUUCCCACCAGGACCACAGGGUCCCGGUCCACAUCCUGUACCAACAAUUGAAUCAAGAGGAGGACCUCCACAAAGAGGUGGAUUCAAUAAUAGAGGAGGUCCUGGUGGUAUGAGAGGAAGAGGCGGUAGAGGCAGAGGAGAUUUUGGUCCACGUGGUGACAGGGGCGGCCGUGGUGGUGGUAUGCCUAUGAGAGGUCGCGGCGGUCGCGGAGGACCACAUGGACCGCCUGGUGGUCCUCCGCCAGGAGGCCCAGGUGGGCCUGGACCACAUCCUCCGGCGGGUGGUCCUCCCGGAGCCCCCGGCCCGGCAGUUCGCCAAGCACCACACGUAGCACCAGGAGCACCCGCUGUUGCUGGCGUCCCAGUUGUGCCACCACAUCAGCCCCAAGGGCCACCCUUCAAGAGGGGUGGUGGUCCCCAUGGUGGUCCAGGUGGACCACCCAAGAGAGGAAGAUAUGAUGGUCAACGAGGAGGAGGUGGGGGCCGACCACCACAGGCCGGAGGAUAUCAGCCGGCACCACCUCAGCACAACACUCCAGCUCCACCAAAUGGCUAUGGACCUUCGCAUACUGGAUAUCAACCAUAUGAACAGCCAGCUCCAGAUCCAUAUGCCCAGCCUUCUUAUAGCACUCCUAGCUCUUAUCAGAGCAAUAACUACUCAGCACCGGCUCCUGCUCAGGCUAACUCAGGAUAUAAUUCCAGCGGAUAUGGAUCAAGCUAUGGCUAUUCAACUGGUGGCCAAGGCGGUUAUGAAAAUGACAACUAUGGCGCCGCAGGAGGCGCUGGUGAUGCUGGCUACGGUGUAGCGGAGCCCGCAUACGGUGGGCCCGCACCUGCUUAUGAUUCGUACUCUCAACCUUCCUACAGUUCUUACCAGCAACCUCAAACUCAAUACAACAACUAUGGCAGUUGGUGAUCUGUUUGACUAUAACAGAAUAUGAUUCUCAUCUAUAUACCACAAUAAUAGCUGGAUCAAUUUAAUGAAGCAUAUGGACAUAAAUUAUUUAUUUUGAAUAUCUAAGCUUAGGUGGUUCAUUAUACAAAAUAUUUUAAUGCUAGACUCAUUUAAAUUUAAUGACAUACAGAAAGUAUUCAAUAACUCGAAAGUUCAUUUUACAACUAAAGAUUUAUACUUAUCCUAUAUUAUGAAUUGUACUUUUGUGGAGUCCUUAUCAUGAUGUCAAAAUUUAUUUGAUAAUUCUCAAAAUAAGAGUGUAAUAGUAAAUUAUAGAGUAAUAAUAAUUGAAGAAUUAGAAUAUAAACGGUUUAAUAAAAACGGUAUAUAAAAUACCAUAAUGUUUAGUUUUAAGGUCCCUUCGUAAUAAAAUUAUGAAAUAUA